AUGUCGCCGUCGCUCCGCAACCACCCCAACACCAACGUAACUCGGAACAUCGUUGGUCGUGAUCUUAUCACCACCAUCAAGAUCGACUGCGAUUGUUUCGAAAGUUACGAGGUUCGGAGGAUUGGCCACCAAGUUCUUGUCAUUGGAAGGAACCCUAUUGGUGGACAAUCGGACGGUCAGAACCAUCAAGAAGACAUAGGAGGUGUGGACGAUGACGUGGAAGAGGAUGGCCGUGGUUCAGAUCUGGAUCUGGACCAACUGGAUGCCGAAAAUUCGGCCGAUUUAUUUGCCGAUUUUCGGGCCGCGAAUUUGGAGGAAUGGAGAGAGGCUGAAAUCGAGGCCAAGGAAGCUGAAGAGGAGGAGAUGGAGCGGCAGAACAUCCAGGCGGCGGAGGAAUUUGGGGAGGAUCAGGAAGAAGCUGGAGAGGAAGAGGAUGAUGAUGGGGAUGAUGAGGAAGAAGCUGGAGAGGAGGAUGAAGCUGAAGGGGAUGAAGAAGAUGAUUUGGGAGAAGCUGAAGCUGAAGGAGAAGCUGGAGAUGUUCGAGGGGCUGAUCAAGGAGGAUUUGAGAUAGAGGAUGAAGCUGAAGUGGAAGGAGAAGCUGGAGAAGAAGAGGAGGAUGAAGAUGUUCGAGGUGCUGAUUUGGGAGAAGCUGGAGUUCAUCAAGGAGAAGCUGAAGAAGAUAUUGAGGAGGAUGAAGAAGAAGCUGAAGAGGAAGAGGAGGAUGAAGAGGAUAUUGAGGAGGAUGAGGAUGAUAGAGGGGAUGAUCGAGGAGGAUUUGGAAUGAUGGCUGGAGAUGUUAGAGGAGCUGAUUUGGAAGAUGUUUUUGGGGGUGAUCAAGAAGAAGCUGGAGCUGAAGGAGAAGAAGAAGCUGAAGAUGAGGAUGAAGAGGAAAAUGAGGAGGAUGUGGAGGAAGAAGAGGAUGACGAGGAGGAUGAUCAAGAGGAGGAUGAAGAUGAUGGGGAUGAAGAAGGAGAAGCUGAAGAGGAAGAGGAAGAGGAGGAUGAGCCAGGAAACGGCGUGGCGCCGAUUGCUCCGCUCAGAAUUCCGAUGCGGGUCGCGGUGUCGGCCUACAAUGCGACACUCAAUUACGCAGCCGCACCCGCACCGCAGCGUCGAGCAAACAGGAAACGAGCAGCGGACAAUCGGGGACCGCCGCCACCACCUAUCACAAUCCAAGAAGCGUGGUUCGUCGUCAAUUCGGCGGGCGACGUUCAAGACGUAUUGAUGGAGCUGCAAGAUCGGUUGUUGGCGACAGAUUAUGGGCUGAUGCACGACGAAUUCUCCAGCAGACUGUUCCGACUGCUUGGAGCGUUUCGUCGUGCGAGAACACCGCCUGUCGGUCAACGUCUUCAGCAAUUGUGGUUGGCCACGCUCACAUUGAAGGCGGCGAUGGGUGUGGAGUGA